AUGGAGAACUCUCCCGCCGAUUCCGUGAUGGUGAAAAAAGAGGAUAUCCACAUCCAGAACGAUUCGUGGACGCUGGAGUCCGAGCCCAAGAAGAAGUCGUCCAGCGUCCUCAAUGCCGUUAUCUCCGGCUCGGCCCUUUUCAGCGAUGGCUACAAUGCGCAGAUCAUUGGCUACAUGGAAAGUUUGUUCAGCGAUCUUUACAAGGAUGCCAUGUCCAAGACAAUCAAGUCCCGUCUGUCGAAUUCUUACCUCAUUGGAGAAAUAUUUGGAAUGCUCUUCUUUGGGGUUCUGAUUGACCGCGUUGGUCGCCGCACUGGCAUCAUUGCGGCUACUUUAUUCUUGGUUCUUGGUGUGGUACUGGCGACAGCCGCCCACGGCAACACGCAGCUUGGCAUGUUCUGGAUGAUGAUCGUGUCGCGCGGUAUUGCCGGAUUCGGCGCUGGUGGUGAAUAUCCCGUCUGUGCAACCAGUGCCACUGAAGCCGCCGAUGAGACUGCAAAGUUGCGCCGCCGCCGAGGAAUGAUCGUCGCAGUCACAACUGACUUGGCUAUUGAUUUUGGAUUCGUUGUGGCGGGUGUGGUUGCUGUGAUCGUCCUAGCAUGCUAUGGCCAAAGAUCCUCUGAGGGUGUCUGGAGGAUCUGCUUCGGUCUUGGUUUCGUGUUGCCUGUUGUGAUCUGUUUCUUCCGGGUUCGCAUGCUCAACUCUACCCAGUACCAAAAGCAUUCCAUCAAAUCCCGCUACCCAUACAUGUUGGUUUUGAAGCGCUAUUGGAAACCUAUGCUUGGAACUUCACUGGCUUGGUUCUGCUAUGACUUUGUCACCUACCCGUUCGGUAUUUUCUCCUCGACAAUCGUGUCACAGUUGAUGACCACCAACACAACCACUCAAAACAUCGGAUAUGGUACGGUGAUCAAUUGUUUCUAUCUCCCUGGAUGUAUCCUUGGUGGCUUUUUGAUGGACCGUAUUGGCCGCAAACAAACAAUGACUUUAGGCUUCUUCCUAUGGGGAAUUUGGGGUUUCAUUUUGGGUGGUGCCCUUACGCCUAUCCAGACUGUCUUUCCUCUGUUCGUUGUGAUGUACGGCAUCUUCCAAGCCCUUGGCGAGAUGGGUCCGGGCGUUGCUACCUUCCUGUGCGCUUCGGAGUCCUUCCCUACUCCCUUGCGCGGUCACUUUCUCGGGUUUGCGGCUGCCGUCGGAAAGGCAGGGGGAGCUAUUGGUACCCAAGUUUUUACCCCCAUUCAAGCCUCGUUCUCUACCGAUCAAAAGGGUCAACAGGCAGUGUUCCUCAUCGGGUCGGCCUUCACAAUCGUGGGAGGAAUAAUUGCAUGGUACUUGAUCCCAGACAUGUCACGCGAGCUUGAGACGGAGGAUGCUCGGUUCAAGGCAUACCUGGAGGAGAAUGGAUACGAUGUCAGUGAAUAUGGCGACGCUUUGGUUGUCAACCACCGGGCUUGA